GUGAUCAAUGUGGAUGACUCAUUCAGCGACGACGCCGUUCUCUCGCCCACAAAUGCACUUGGUACCCAUUCAACUACAGUAGGCGGCUCAACUUCUUCCACGCAUACUCCAUCCAAGACCCCUAAGAGUACCCAGGCUAUAUCACUGGCGGAGUCCUUACACCAAUCUUGUGGGGAGGAUUCAGAUCGAGUACUGACCCCGGUGAAUCCAACCGCCAAGGCCAUAGGAAAGCGUUCUUCCCAUUCGGUCAACAGCCAUCUAAAAAUCAUUGAUAAGAAGCUUAGGCACGCGACACAGGUGUUAGAGAAACCAGGCCCAGCCGAGAACCAUUUGAGAACCAGCGUUGGUGAUCACCCCAAACAAAGUUCAGCACAAACUAGGUCGAAAAGACCCAAGAAGGCAGAUACAAGCACCGUAGGAUCAGAGAUACUAGGCUCACGUAGAGCAGUGAUCAAUGGGGUGAAGAAAACUAUGAAAGUCAGGUUUGAGAAAAAAGUAGUAGAUAAGCCUAUCCCUGAAUCAUUUUUCAGGGAGCCUAAGUAUUCCGAUGACGAAUACCAGCCUUCAGGCCAUGAAGAACUAUCAAGCGAGGACCGGGACAGUAAUAAUCCUUCGUUUCAAGGAUCGACGGCCAUAUCGACACCAUCCCCCGCAGAGGAUCGAAAGUCAUCACGGCCAAGUCCCGGUCGAACCCUUCGUAGUGGAUCUCGUCCUAAGCUUCCCAUUUCGUUUACUCCUAUGAACAAACUAGUGCCCAAGGCACAAGAGUGGGAAUUGUCUCCCAAGUUACCAAAUAGGCCUUCCAGGUUUGGUCAGGGUUACUCUAAGCGCGUACGCGAUGCCUUUUCCGAUACAUCUAGUUCGUGCAAAUCCGAAGGCGAUCCGAACGAACAAGUACAUACCAAUACGGAAUUGCAGUCGAAGCAAGAUAGCGAAAAUGAUAGCGAAGAUUCGGUUAUAACUGAACUAAUACACUCUACAAAGGAACGUCAGUGGAGUCCUCGAGCAUGGAUGGAAAGGUAUGAGACUGAAUUUAUGCCCGGUAGGGAUGGCAGCGUUUGGUUUGCCACCGGGCCAUUCAAAGGUUGGAUCUUAGACGGACCUAGAGCCGGAGGCUAUAUAUCUGGAUGCAAAGAACCGGAUGACGAAACAAUCGCCAAGGCCGAGAAAACAGCUGAGCUUCGAUGGAACCAGCGUUGGGUCGACUCCGAAUGUGAAGAUGUAUCCGACGCGGAAGGGUCAAAUAAUGAAGCAAUUAAUAUUGGACGAGUCACACCUAGCAACCAUGAAGACGCAACGUCGACAGAUAUCCAGCAACCAUUGAUUAGGGCUUCAAAGGGGAAAUCUAGUCAUAAAUCCUCGUUGCCAAGUACAUUGCGAAAUAUACUAGGAAAGACGAGCCCGCGAGUUAAAAUAAACGACAAAGCCGUAGAAUGGGCUGAGCGUACGGAAAGAACGAAGCAGUAUGUACUCGCCGGAGGAUCUAGCGACAACAUCUAUCCCCAGCAGAAAAGCAGUCCUUGUAAACCAAUCAGUAGUAGAACUCGAGGAAAAUUUCCCACACAUCUCGCACUUACCACUGCCCCCCAAAGCGCCCCAUCCCCACCGUCUGCAGAGUCUGAGACAACUUCUACUCUUAUCACUCAGCAACUGAUUAACGAUUGUGCGCCACCAUCAAAUCAGGAGUUAGCAGAACUGAUGAGCUCUAGUCCCGCGAUCCGACGUGCCAAUACGUCAUCCCAGGUACAUAAAGUCUGCGAGCCGGCCGAAUCUAGCAGUAGCGAAUCGAGUUCUGGAAUUCCUGCUCGUAUCUCACCUAAGCCCCCGGCACGAGCCUUAGAGGUACCACGGACCCAAGUAGCCUCCUUUGGGCCGGAGCAUGUCAACGCCGCGCAUAUAUUAGGUGGCAUUGCUGGGAGACGGACAACUAGGUCGUUGACAACCACUUUUCCGCCUACGAUUGAAUCGAAUAAAAUUGCUGACGGCGUUGAGCGACUAAGCACGGAUUCCAAACCCGAUCCAUCAUCCCAAUAUGGGAAAGAUUCCUCCAAGACUAACAUCGUGGUUGAAGUACCGGGCCUGUCGACGAAAGAGCAGCGAGAAUACGAAGUGGUCUCUUCGACUCCAGACAUCCGCUCUACGCUAUCUCCGAAAAGCUUCAAAGAGAUUAAUGAGGCGACUUCUGGAACGGACAUAGAGUCUAAUGAUCCGGAUGCGGAGAAAACCCUUGAUUACGUGUUACGUCAAUCUCCUAGAUGGCUAACUAACAUCACGGAAGCCAACGAGCCCAGUAAUAUGAAUGCAUUUAGGUUGUCAUCCACAUUGAUCGCGACGCCAUCCACGCAAGGGUUUCUAGGGGAUACAGCAAAGCCUACUGUCCAAGGUUCAGAUAACAACGAAAUGUCGGAAGAGUUGCAUCCAAGAGCUUCGAAGACGGUGGCACCGGCUCCCAUAAGUAAUACUUCCACUACCUCCGAAAAAGGAGGAAAUAUUGUUGGGGGAAGCAGCGAAGUCAAGAAGCGCCGAAAACGCAAGGCGUCUGCCCCAGAUGCUUCCCUGGCCGACGAAUCUCAUCCUGACAAGAUGCCGAAAAUUGAUGGCCAAAGCCGUGCCAAGACGGAGCGCCUAACUUACCGUCAGAGAAAACGACGUCAGAGGCGUUUGAGACAGAAACAGCGAAAAUACGACCGGGAACAGCAGCCAGUUGACAAUGAGGUCGGUAAAGUUGUUGGUAAAGGUGUUAACAGAAGCAGCCAGUCGACGAUGACACCUCCAGCAUCUUCGAGGCCCACUAGUUCCGAGGCCAAGCAGACAACAGCAACUCGAGGAUGGGAGGGAUCCAUAGAUGCAGUUGACUGAUGAUUUUGCGCGCGAGUCUUGUAUGAUCUAUAUAGUAUGGGACAAUGCCCAAGAGAUCCAUGGCUAAAUACAAUUGACUGGUGAAUAUUUGUGCCCUGAAACAUUCAAGUCCGUGACCAUAUUAGACGUUUAUAUACUAGGUAUAUAGUAUAUAUGUCAUAUGUAGGUGCGAUUUCCAUCGAAUCCAUGAAAAUGUGUAGCAUCU